GACAUGCGCUAUGAAUCAAAAUAAACGCCAUCUAAAAAUCUUCAUGGCUAGAUGCAGAAAUUUUUUUUGAAGUCAAAAUGACUACGUUUGCUGACCACUUUUGGGUAAGUUUGAUAAUUAACCUUAAAUGUUUAAUUAACAAUAUAUUAAAUAAGUAUAUUAACAUUUGAAUGGGCUCCAAUGCUUGCUUUACAUAAGAAAUGGAACGGAUUUCCAAAUUUAUGAAUGGAGUUGUUUCUCAAGAGGAAAGUAUCUUCUACUACUAUAAUUAUUUCGAACUAUUUUGAUAAAAUUGUCAUUGUUAAUAGCAAUAAUAAAACUAUUCGAAAUAUUUUCUUAGUUUUAACCUUAUGCUAUUUAGGAUUAGUAAUUUGAUAAAUAUUGUUAAAAUAGUACAGUGAAGCGUAUAAGAAGUGUCGUCAGACAGUGAUAGUCUAAGUCUAGUGUAUAUCGUGAAACCGGAAGUAGUUUUGUUGACACACCUCCUACCCUCUUCACAUAUAAGUAUCACAGUAUUAUUGUAUAAAAAAUGUAAAAAAGAAUUUAAACAUUUUAAAUUUUAAUUAUACAAUUUUUACAUUUGUAUAGACUAGAGCAAACUUCAAAUUUAAAAAAAAACAAGAAACCAGGGUCAACUUUCUUGCUUAAAAGUACUUACUUUAUGACUUUAUGAGCAAUAUCAGAAUCAGAUCACUGAGAUUGAGAUCAUUAACCUAGACCUAAACUUAAACUGUAAAAGUAAAGGCAUCUAAAGCAGUAAAGAAUCAAGAAUCAAUAUUCAUUUUUAAAGGGGGAAUUCGUUUAUAGUUUUUUUGCUUUGGUACUAUGGCCAUGGAAUAACUAUGGCCAUGGAAUAACUAUGGCCAUGGAAUAUUUUUUUAUGGACCAUGGAGAUGGACUGCCUCCAUAUUUUAUGACCCGAUUUCGCUGAUCGCGUCUUCAGCUGUAAAUCAUGUUUUAAAGAAAUUUUGUAACAUUACUUUUCAGGAUUAAUGCUGAUUGUAAAGUUCUCAUAUUUAAAAAGUAAUAAUAAAUUUAAAAAAAAUAAUAUGCUAUAAUAAUACAAUUUUAACCUAUUAGCCUAUAUAGUUAUGUCCUAUGCAUUAUCAGUAAAUCGAAUAUAUAAUAUAUGAUAUGGCCUUUAUUUACCAAGUCUAAAGCAUCCGUUAUAAAUAUAAAUGUCUAUUGUAAGACAGCGUGUCAAACUAAAAAAAAUUCUGGUUAGGGGCCACUUAAUUUAAACUUAUGCACAUGACUAAUUAAUUAAAGCUUUCCUUGACCAAUUUUUCAAUUCUUUUAUAAAUGAAACUCUGAGAAUAUAUAGAAUAGUCAAAUGUAAGUGACUGAAUGGUUGCCCAUGACAACUGCACUGAAGAUGGCAAAUUAUGAAGCAUAAUUAUUUGCAUCAGUUUUAGAUGUCUUACAUUUUAACUGAUCAUUAGUUCUUAGUAUGAUAUAAUAUGGGCUUAGUAAUUCUCCUUUUGCACUCAUAUCAUUUUUGGAUUAGCCCCCCCACCCCCUCACUCCAGUUAACCGGCUGCUUCAAAUAUGAAACAUAUUUAUCACACAAUCUGUGAUUUAAAUCAAAAGAAAAUCCUUAAAUUACUCAUAUUAUCUUAUGACGCUGUAUCAAAUGUAAAUGUUUGCAUAUUUUUGCAAAUAUCCUAUUGAAUCCCACAGUUUUCUUCAUAAACUGGUUUGGAAAAAUAAUAACAUCCAAUAAUGUACAACUCUCCACCUCUUGUCAAAUUAUUUUAAAAGUUAUGCACAAACAUUUUUUACAACUAUAGUCUAAAAAAGAUUUUACAAAUACACAAAUUUUCCCUGGUGUACGUAUGUUGAAAUAGAUGUUAGAUACAUUUUUUGCGUACAUGUUGUUGAUAGUUCUAAAAAUAGUAACGUUACAUAGUGUGCUGUGACAUUUUACAACUUGGAAAAUGACAAACCCUAUUAUAUUGUAUUGACACCCCUCCUAUUGCUGAUGUCUUGCAAAUAACAGCACUUUAUCCAAUGUUAUGAUUCACACAAGAAAUGGGUGUUUUGAUGAGCGGCAUUGCAAUGCACAUUAAAGCAGUGCAUCACUAGCAUUAGUGCCGCCUGUAGCUGGCCAAUAUUUUUUCUCCCCUACCCCCUUCAGCAACCUGCGGACAAUGUUUCUCACAAUAUACAGAAAAAGGUUGCAGUGUUAGUUCUUGACAAUAUUCACCAGAACUUUUUAAGUUCAUUUGAAUACACCAAUUGUUGUCAGCUCACAGCCCCUAGCUUUGUAUUGUUAAUAGCCACUGGAUAUUCUGUUUAAAGGUUAAACAAAAAGACUUCUAUCUCUUCUAGUUAUAUGGGAACACAUUAUGUAAUAACCUGUCUUAUUUGAUUAUGGCUUUACAAAAAGUAUGUAAAAUUUCUUUAAAAUAUAUAAUUUUAAUAAAAUCUGUAUUAUUCUUGAAAUAGUAGUUCCCCCCCCCCCGCUUUUCCCUAAACUGCCCCCUUAAGAACCAUCUUGGUCGGUAUUGCCCCCUUUAAGAGCCACAGACUAUGGUAAUAAGAUAAAUAAUACCAUAAUGAUAAUAACUUAACCAACAGGUCUAAUAAUUUGGGCCUAAUUCUAAAAAAAAUGUAGACCUAUACAAAAAACUCAAUUUCACUUAAGUUAAAGAAAAAGGAUUAGCCUAUUCUUCACAGAUUAAUAGGUCUACACAGUGCUUAACAAACAAUCAACAGAGACUAGUUUCAUGACAACACAUAUACAUUUUCAUUGUUAUUGUAGGCUUAGUACCUACAGUUACAGUACAGCCUACAAAAUAUUAUAUUGAAACUCAUUUUUAACACCUCCUUGUUAUCAUUUUUCUGGCACUGAUAUUUGCCAGAGUCAAAACUUGACAACUUAUUCAAUUAUUGAGUUUUUCUUAGACUUCUUAUGAAGACUUUUCUUGAAGCAAAAAUCGUAAACUAAGACCUAAAGCUUAAAUUUUAUCUGACAUUUUGUCCUGUUAUAUCAUAAUGUGCUUCAAUAAAAGCUAAAUCAGUUGGCCCUAGACUAGUUUUAAUGUUUCAAUCUUUUUUACUUUGUAAAAGCAAAACAUGCUAAUGCUAAGAAAUUUAUUUUCUCUAAAUAAAAAAACCCACAAGUAUGUUGUCAAUAUAUCACUAAUUACAAAUAUGCUCUUUUUAGGGUCCCAAGAACAAUGGAUACUUUGCUCUGUAUCAUAAUAUGAAACAUGGUCAGACUUCAACAAAAGAGCUUAUAGACUUUCUCAGAGAAAGGUUUGCCGUUUAACUUUAAACUAUUUUUGCCACAAUAAUUUAAGAAAAAAGUGUUGAUAAAUGCAAGAUGAAAGAGAAGCUAAUAAUGAACUAAUAAAAAAAAAAAAAAAAAAAAAAAAAAAAUAAAAAUUUCUUAAAAAUUAAAAAAAAAAAAUCUUUCUCAGAGAAAGGUUUGCCGUUUAACUUUAAACUAUUUUUGCCACAAUAAUUUAAAAAAAAAGUGUUGAUAAAUGCAAGAUGAAAGAGAAGCUAAUAAUGAACUAAUAAAAAAAAAAAAAAAAAAAGAAAAAUUAUAACUUCCUUAAAAUUGUUAAGCUAAUAAUCUUUAAAAGCAUAAAUAAAUUCAUUGAUUUCCUUAUCUGCCAGCUGCACUGUUGAGGAAAACUAUAGCAAGUUGCUAAGUAAAUUGGCAAAGUUAGCAGCCAACACACCUCCAGUUGGGUGAGUAGUUCAUUCAUGGUUUUUUUGGAAGCCUCUUUAUUUGGUAAAUUAGUGUAAACUUUUUAUCAGACAUAUACGGCAUACUUACAUGCUCAAGUUAAUCUGGCAGAGAUGGAUAGAAUCCAGAAUUGACCAAAUCAGGCAACUGGGCACACUGAUUACACAUUGUUAUACACAAUAAAAGAACUCUUGUUGCUUUUAAAUGAAAGAUUUGCAAGAUGUGAGACUGAUGUGGAACUUACUGUGAAAUAGUUUAUUACUCAUGGAUAGUGUUUUUUUUUUCUUUUUUAAUAAUGAUUGUGAUCAAAAGUAGUCAAGUACUUUGUCACAGUUUUAGAAAUUACAUAACGAAAGUAUGGAAACAUAUAAAACAACAUAUAAAGUAACCAUUUAUGAAUGCAAUUCAUUUUAUAUAAUGUAAUGGUUUUACAAAAAAGAAUAUUUGAAAAUAUAUUUCUUAACAUGUUACAGUUCUUGUGGGUAAACUUCAGUGCGGCCCAGGUUUAAUAGGUUAAUUAAUUCAACAAAUGUUAAACAUUAAUUUUAUAUUUAAGAAAAAAUAUAUUCUCGAUUUUUAAAGGAGUGUUUUUAAAUAUGGAGAUUAUAUAAACUACUGAUUUGUGAUUAUUGGUUUUGAAAACAAGAAUCAGUUUUUUUUUUUUUUUACAACACCAUAAUCGAAUUAAAUUUAAAAAAAAAUAAUUUAAUAGCAAACUAUUAGCACAAUGAUGGCUGCUGCACCAUAGUGACAUUUAGGUGGCAUGUUGUGCAUUUAGAUGUGGCUAUUUAUGAUUCUGAUUAAUAUAACAGUUUUUAACCAAGGUAAUUUUAAAGUAAUUCUUGAAACACAAUAAGCAGCAAUCCUUUGUCAUUAAGCCGCUAUUAUAAUGCCCAUAUUGCCUUAAGAACAAUUAUACGACCAAUAUUCUUUGCGCAUUUUGAAAUCCUUGUGCAGACUGUAGAUAAGCUAACAUUCUUUAUAGAUCAAAUAAAUGGAUAUAUUUUUUUAUAACAAAGUACAUAUUAAUUUCAGCACAUAAAUAGAUAAAUAUUCUAUACCCAAGACAACAUUUUAUAACUUAAGUAUUUUUCAGACAGUACAAUCAGCCAUCAUAUGCCAUGCAACGUAAUCCCUUUAGUGACAACAUUGACUUAAUAUUAGUGAUCAUUUAGCAAUGGUAAAUGCUAGUAAAUUCUGACAGACUGGAGAACAAAAGAAUUUUAAUACCUUUUGGUCCUAACUUUAAGGGAAAGAAAUCACUCUGAUUGAGUUUCACCCUGAACUCAAGUUUCUGUGAUUAAGAGGAUGGGAUUUAUCCUCAAACAUUUUUUUUAGUUUUACAACAGCAUUUUUUCUUCAAAUCGUCUUCAAGGAAGGUUUAUUAGUUUGUGUGAUAUAACUAGCUUUCUUGAUUAGUCUAUUUAAUUGGUGUUUGAUGUUAGAGGAUGAAUUCCCACACCAAGCUAUUAAUAUUGUUCAUUAGGCAUCAAAUUGUUGCACUGUAGAAUAAGCUAAUAACUUAGUAAGAUAGAAAAGUCAUUGGUUGACUUUUUUAUACAGAAUGUAUCAUAAGGAUAUAUUUUAUACAAGAGAGGGGAGAAAACACAACCUUGUUGUGUCCGUACUUAUUUCUUAUGUUAAUGAUAUUUGGUCAUUCACCUUGUGGAUGAUUUGUUUAAAGGUUCAUUAUCCACACUUGAGUAUUUAAAUUUACAAGCAAAAUGAACAGAUGGCAUAUACGUCCUCAAUUGAAAAUACUAAAACUAAUAAAAUACAACACUAAACUAAAUUAAAAGAAUUUUAUAAUAAAAAAAUUAAAGUUCCAUUUCUAAUAUAACUUUUCUACUCUUCACAGAUCUGUUAUCAAUAUACUUACUCUUUGUAUGCUAAGAAAAAAACAAUUAUCAUAUAAUAACUCCAAUUUUUCUCUAUAGUUGGGUUGCACAGAGUUAAGUUUAUCAUUCAUGCUUUUGGGACUAUCUUAGACUGGACGCUUUUUUUUUAGAGGUUAAAUUAAAAAAAAAAAUUCAGGUUUUUCCCCUACUCUUUGUUUUUUAUUUCCUAUAAACCAUGAGAACUGGUUUGGAAAUCAGAUUUUAAAAAUAGAUAAUUAGUUUCUGAAUAACAGAUAAUAACAUCGCUAAUAUUAUUUAAUUGACAUAUUACAGUACGUUCGGGCCAUUUUGGAAUGUGCUAAAAUCACUGAUAGAAAAACUAUCCAGUCUGCAAAUGCAGUUGGUUCACACUUGGUCUGAUCUCAUAAAGGACAUGGUGCGCUACAGUGAGGAACAACACAAGCGUCAUAAAAUGGUAAUGCAAAUAUUACUUUGUAGUUUGCUCAUUGUAAAAGUAGAUCUUAUAUGUUUUUAUAUAUAGCAAAAUUUAAAAAUAAUGCUAUGAGAAGCACUAUUAUUCUUGGCCAAUAGUUAAAUUUCCAUGAAAAGGUGGGUCUUUUUUUCUUAACUCGUUAGCAUGGGCUGUGAAAUAUAUUUUUUUAUAAAUAAAUAAUCGUUUUAAAAGUCAGAAUGUCAAACUCUCUUUUUUAUGAUAAUUAAAUGUAUUAAAAAUUAUCGUUGUUAUUACAAUAUUGGCUUUAUUUGUUUAAGCAUUGGGUCAGUAGGAUACUUUAAAAUUGUAAUUUAAUCUUUUCUAAAAUGAACAGAUAAAAGAGAAUGAACAAGCUACUCUUGAUUCAGUACAAACCAUUCAGCAAACUACUACAGCUUUACACAAGGUAGGAGAAACUGUUAAAAUUUAGUUACCAAUUCAAAUUGAUGCCUUGCUAAUAAUAAAAAUUUUAAUAAGCAGUCUACAGUGAUGCUACUUCCUUGUGAUGUUUAAUCAGAAACACCAUAUAUCAAAUCUAAUCCCUACCUCUCAUAGGCUAAAGAGAUUUACCACACCAGGUGUUUAGAGAUGGAGAGACUCAAAAGGGAUAAUGCUUCUCAAAAAGAUAUAGAAAAGGUAAGACAUUUGGUUUUAGUCCAAAAUAUAGUUUCAUAAAUUGUAAUAAAUUGGAUUGAUACCCAGAUUUUUAUGAUCUGUAAUUGGAAGAAAAAUUGAUUUAAUAUUUAAUUAAUAAAUUAAAAGUUUGUUCUAAGUAUCAAUGAUGAAUGGAGAAAAAACUAAUAAAUGUUUCCAGACUUCUUAGAAACAUCUGACUCAAGUAAAUUGACAUAUCCAAAAAUUCAAUCAUAAUUUUAUACUUGCUUUUAACUGCAAUUUUUUUCUCCUUCUUCAGGCUGAAGUGAAAUAUAAAAAAGCCUGUAAGUAUUUGAUUUACUUUUAUUUUCUUUCAGUAUCUGAAUGAUAAUUGCAUUCAUAAGAAAUUACUUUUCUUUUCUGAUUUCAUUUAAAAGCUACUGCUUCAGAUCCCUUGUUAUCAACAUACAUAAUUCUCUGUGUAGUAAUGUCCUCACUGAGGCUAAGGUUUAAUAUCACAUUUUACAAAAUUCCGUUAAGUGCGGUGAAUGCGAUUCUUAAAAACUUUGCAGGUACAUUAGGUGUGUAAAAUUUUCUUUUGAUAUACGGAAAUAGUCUCAAUUUAAACAUGGUGUUAUUAAUCUGCGGUAUAAAAGGGGGUUGGACAUAAGAAUAUCAAUAUAAUUCAAGGGCUUGAAAAAAGUUUGCGGAUGCGAACCUGGGGUGAGGACCACUGAGUGGGAUUCUUAUAAAGGGCAUUACUUGAAUGCAUGUUUUGUCAAAUAAGUAGAUGGAAAGUUCACGCAUUGUGGCCGCCAUUGUUUUGCUGACUAUAGCUAUUAACAAAUUACUGUCUUUAUUAAUUUCUUUCCCUCACAGUGGAGGAAUACAAAACACUUAUAGAAAAAUUCAAAGACGUACGGAAUGUAUUUGAAGAGAAAAUGAUAGGCUCUUGUCAUGUAAGUAAUCAUGUCAGAGUAACAUUUUUUUAAAAAGAAAAGCAUUGAUUAAUAAAAUGUUCCUAUUUAUGUUUUUAAGUAUCAAAAUUAAAUUAGUCAUCUUAGUCUUAAAAAAAUUUUUCUUGAAGUAUUAGUAAAAAUUAUAUUUGUAAUGAAAAAAAUGAUAUUCAUAAUUCUAACAUAAAUUAAUAAAAUUAUAUUUAUUCUCUACUGGAAUAUAAUAUUGCUAUGUGUACCUUACAUUGCUCUAUUUGAUGAAAAUUGUAUUCCUAAAAUAUUGAAGGAAAUGGCAUUUAUGCCUUAAAAAAAGUUUUGUAAAAAAUGUAAUGCCUCAAAUCACUUGUUCAGACUUACUUAUGGUAAGUAGUUUUAAAACGCAACAAAAAUUAAGUAAUAUUAGUUAUUAAACAAAUAAAGCAAAAAUAAUGAAAUCAUUUUUGAUAUCAAAUUUUUUUCAGUUGCUAGGUUUAUAUGGUUUAAAAUUGUGGCUGCCAUUGUCUUAAGUUACACAUAUUUUGCAGCAUUAUCAAGAGCUUGAAGAAGAGCACAUAUGUCAAAUGAAGGAUUUCAUAGACACCUUUGCUAAAUCAUGGGAAAAUGAACAUGCCUUGUUGGGACAGGUAGCGAUUUUUAGUUGUAUCUUAAUUAAAAUUAAUUAUAGGAUUUAUUUGACAAAUCCAGAGAUAUUUUGGUACCUUCUGAAUGGUCAUAAAAAUGAAAUAUUUCAAAUGUAGUAAAAAAAAAUUACAUCAGCUUCUUUCUGUUUAACUCAGAUUCCUAAUAAAUAAAAAAUAAUUAAAAUAUAACAAAAGAGCUUAUGGAUGUGUGUCAAAAACAUAAUUUCAUAAAUAGUUCCAUUCUUGCUUCUGAGGGCUAUGUUUUUAAUAAUUGUAAAGCGCUUAGAGCUUUAUGGUAAGCGCUAUAUAAAAUGCCUAAAUAAAUAAAUAAAUAAAUAAUCGAAUGAGUUCUAAAAAUUCACCUUUAGGUGCAUCAAGAAUUUAAGCAAAACUGUGAUGAAAUGACAGUCCAGAAGCUCAUAACCACAUUUAUUGAGAAGAAGGGAACUGGCAAUGAAAAACCAGGUUUGAAUAGAAAUUAGCUCACAAUAUCUUCUUCAUUUGGGCAAAAAAAACAAAAAAAAUAUUAGUUGAUAUCUUUGAUGAGGAGGUGCAUUUAACUUUAACUUAGGACAUUCAUUUACAUUUUUAGAUGUUGCUAUUGAUUCAAGCUAGACAUUCAAACUUUAAUUUGGAAACCUAAAAGGAAACUGAAAAAUGUUUCAAUAUUUAGUUAAAUAUCUACUAUUUUUGUUAGCGAUUUCAUUUCAGUCAAUUAUUUCUAGUAUGUAGAAAUUUAUGCUUUUAGUGGCUUACAUAUCAUCAUUUUCCCCAGGUCCUAUUGAGUUUGUGGAGCCUGACUUAUCCUCCCUUCUAGUCAACAGACCAAUGUCUCCUGAACCCAAUGUUGAAAAAAGAGACAGUAUUAUAGAGAAACAAAAACAAGGUAUUCAAUUUAUUUCAAGUUUUAGAUAUUCCCUUUUAAAAUUGUUUUCAUUUUAUUUUUUAUUAAGAUGUUGAUCUCCCUGAUCAAAUUGGGAAUGAUGUGUUCUUUUUUUAAAUUCUUAUUUCUAAAGAGAGACCAAAAAAAUAAAUAAAUAUAUAUACUGAAAAUAAGCAUGGGGCACGUUAAGACAUUUAGUUACAGUGUGAGCAUUGAUUGUCUUUAUAAGUCUGGUCUAAACCCUUUGUUCUCAGCCAGUGCUACAAGUAUAAUGGAAGUAAAAAAAAAUUAAGAAAAAAGUAAAAAUAUUUCUUAGUUGUCUGACCUCAAUUUUAAUGCAGAUCUCUUUUAUAACUGAGAAAAGUAUUUUUGUUAAAAAUCCUCUAAAGAUGAGUAGGUUGAAAGCAACUAGGAAAAGACCAGUGCUAUCCUCCUAUAUUGUUGGCACAGCACAUUAAUGUUUGAUGUUGUUUUUCUAUUUAAAAAAAAAGUGACUGCCAUAUAGGAUAGUUUUUUUUCAAAUGGUUUGACUGUUACCAUAUUGUUUUUUUCCCCACUUCAAAAUUAAUCUUUUUCCAUGUUAUAGGUUAGAUUGAAAUAGUGCAAUUAAUCUUUAAAGUAUAAUUUAUUAAUGGAUUUGAGGUUGUAGAUUUUCAUUAUACAUGGUUUUGGAUUUUAACAAAUAUAUCCCAUUACAUUACUUGUAACUGUUUUUAUGCUGGUUUCAUAGCACCCUCUUCUGAGAGACUAGCUCACUUAAGGCAUAAAUUAACUGGAUUAUCAAUUUUGUCUUAUUUUUUAAAUAUUCAAAGCUAGAAUAAAGGUUUCAUUAAUAAGUGUUUUAAUAUAUUUAAGACACUUAUUGAAAGAACAAGUCUUCAAGACACACCUCUUAAGGUGUCAUAUAAAUUGAGUGGACAUAAUUAUAUUGAACUUGACCAAGUGUAAAUAUUUGUAAUUCACUUUCAAAGUGUAAUUAUUCCUAGCCAAAUAUCAGUUGUGGAUAAAAUUCGCUGAUACACAUAAAAACCUGUACAGUAUGAUUUAUGAUGAUAGAAAUAAAAAUAAAAUCCAUAUUAAAACUGAAUAUUAAUAAUAAAUAUUUGGAAAGGGGAAUUGAUUUAUACCAUGCUAACCCAUUAUAAAUAAUAUAAACACUUUGAUUGGAUUUAUUAGUUCUUUUGAUGAGUUUUAAAUUAGACCAACAGAGUUCAUGUAGUUAUAAAUUUUGAAUUUGUUAAAUGUUACUACUAAAAGUUUUCAGGUGCAGCACAAUGUUUUUGUAUAUUGUUUAAUUUACAGAUACCCCAUCUGUUAAUCCACCAAUGACAUUCACUGGUAAUAAAAUUCAUGAUAACUGAAUAUUUCUUUAUAGUUCACAUUUAAAGAAACAAAAAAAUGCUCUACUACAUUCUGCUGAUAUCAUUGCAAGGUAUACAUGAUACAGGGAAAAGAAUGUUAUUUAAAAAAGAGAAAAAAAGAUAGACCUUUGAUUUUUCAGUAAAGCAUUUUUAUUUUCUUUAAUCUGUGUUCUGACAAUAGCUCAUCAUUAAUUACUACAAUAAUACAUAACAAAUUGUUGUGCAAGUAAAUUAACAUUUUACAGAGUGAUUAUUUUGAGUUUUAAAGUUUUAUACAGCUUUGACCCCUUUUUGGUUUAUUUCAUUUCAAAAGCAACCUCAUGUUGUUUCUGUGUGGAUUACUUUGACUUUCACAUCCUCACCAACCCUUUUGAAAUAAUAAAAAAAAAAAAAAAUGUCUGAAUACUGAAGAAAACAUAACUUCGAAGAACUUUUUAUUAUUUUAAAAAUUUUAAACCAUUACUCCUACAAUAGAUAUUAUAAACUGGUAAAUAAAUUAUUUGAAUGAAACUAUUUAUUUUUAUCAGCUGUCAAGUGCUUAUUUAAAAAUUAAGUUAUUUAAAAAACACACAAUUUGCAAGAAUACUGAAAAGAACUUAUUUGAUAAAAUGUAUAAAAAUUAAAAGAAUUGAUUUAAAGUGCUUGAUUUAAAGGAAAUAAACAGGUCAAAGAUUCAUUUAUGAUUGACUGAUUAAUUAGAAUUUGAAAAUUGACUGCUUGAGUUAGACAGUAUGAAGGAUUAAUGGUGUCAUUAAAUUAACAUAAUAUGUAUAUGCUCCUAGUUUCUUUAAUUUAAACAUUAUUAUAAAUAAAUGCUAUGUACUAAACAAAACACAUGGCUUUAUUAUUUUGAAGAUUAUGUAAUAUUUAUCAAGAAAUUAAAAUAGCAAUUGUGCUUUUUCAAUAUGAAUACAAGUAUUCCUACUACGUCCUAUACUUGUAUUCAAUAUUUUAUAUGUUUUACUAAGCAAUACAAGUACCCCUCUUAUUUAUGACAACUUUUUAAUUUUUUAAAACUACUUAAAAUAUCAAGAGCAUCUACUAAGCAAAUUAUUUUACCACACAUAAUAUCGACAAGAUAAAUAGUCUCCAUUCUCAACAAUUGUAAAAUCAAAAAUCAGUCAGUGGAAAUAAAUAAUAGAAAUUAGUUUAUUUAACUCAAGACACUUACUCACCUUUUAUUAAAGAACAUUUUUGUUUUGUUUUUCAAUGAGUCCUGUGGGGUUUAUGUGAAGCUAUUUACACCCAUCAUAAUGAGUAGUAGGUGCCUCUGCUGUUUACACCCAUAGUUAUUACUAGAAUGUAGGAGGCAAUGCUUGUUUGCACUGGGGGCAAAAGGUCUAUGGAAAAAUCAGACUAUUUUCCUUGGGUUAAUUAUUUUAACAAUUUUUUUUUGUAGUGUAAACCCCCUAUAAAUAAAUGGUGCCAACUUUGCCACCCACUUAAAUCUUUUGAAAUAUUUUUAGACAUUUAAUUAAAAGAUCAUUCGUGUAAGUUUAUCAAAAUACUGAGCUUUAUCUUAUGUAUUUUCCAAUACUUUUUAGGCAUAGGCAAAGUUUUAACACAAAGACAAAUACAUAUUUAAUAACCUUGAUUAAUAAGUUGCAUCUUAGGAUACUAUACUUUUUGAGUCUAUCCCUUUUAAUGCAGAUACUGCCAAUGCUGUUAUCAAAAGAUGAUUUUUGUUUUUUUUAAUUUUUUGGUGGCUUUUUUUCAUUUGUGUGCUGUAAUUAUUUUUACAGCUAGGAGAAGAUAAGCUAGAAUAAAGGUCUAAUGGCUUAAGAUAUUGGCUUAAAAAAACAAAAACUGAAAGAUAAUAUUUUUAAAUUGAAAAUGCUACUUUGAAUUUUGCUUGAAUACUGUUAUAUACUGUCUUCACUUUAAAAACAUGUGAACGGGUUUCCUGAAACUUAACCUAAUUGACAAAAAACCCUAAACCACAUGUGGAUCCUGUGUGUUUUCAGAGGCCAGCGGAAACCCCAGCCCUGUUUUAUCUGACCAGCCAGGGCCCCUGAGUCGCAGCGUCAAGCUUCGCGUCUCUCGUACAUGUAAACAUCCUUACUCUCUUCCCCCAGAGUCAAACAUUUUGUUAACUUGCAUAGCUCUUAUCUGUUGCUGCUUUAUACAGUUGUUUGUUUCCAGUGAGACUCAAUUUAGCCAAAAACUUUUUCACUUUUCAAGGAUAUGACUUUCACUGCUAGAUACUUAAAUUAGCUAUUAAUUUUAUAAUUUAAGGCUUGAAGGAUUGAGUAGCUUUUCAUGCCUAAUGACCUGAAUCCUGUUAUUGAAUUAUAUUUAUGUUGUGCUUGAAGGGACUAAAAGAAAAAGUAAAAAUAUUUUUAGAUUGCUUUUACCUUCAUCAGAUUGAGUGAGUUCCAAUAAUAAAGUUUAAAAGUUUACCUUUAAGAGUUGGCUAUAAAGACUUGAAUUAUAUUUAUUUUAUAUGAUUUAAAAUAACAUUUAAAUGGUUUUACUUGAAAAGUUAAAUUACUUUCGUUAACUGAGCCUCACUUUUUGAUUUUUAAAAAUAUUAUAAUUUGCCUUUGUCACUUUAGGAAGUGAAUAUAUGACAGUAAUAUUCUUAUAUCAUCAACCACAUUUUUUCUUAAAUUUAUUCUAUCUUUACUUUGGCUGUGGUAAUUUGAUUGUGCAGCAAGUAGAUAUGGCUUAUUAAGAAAAGAUGGCUUCCUAAACUGACUUCUAUAAUUAAUUGCCUAGAUUUUGGCUUGGUUCUAAUAUUUGCUAUGUUGCUUCAUUUUGGUUUGGUAAUUGCAUAAGUUUCUAUGUUUCUAAUUUUGUUUUAUUGAAUAAUUACUCGUAAACUUAGCAAAGAAGAAAAAAAAAUUUCAGGGAAAAUUUACUUUUUGAAACUAAAAAUAUAAUGUCUAGGUAGUGCCUAAGUAUCCUAAGUUAAAAGAGCUAAAUAAAUUACAAGCUUGGAAUAGAAUUUAUAAAAGUAUUUACAACUUCCAAUAUUAAAAAGUAACUGGUUUUACAUUGAAUUAAAUAUAUCACAGAAAUAUAAGUAUCAAGUGGCUUAUUUUGAUUCAGUCAUAACUAGAACAAUAAAAAAACAAGAGUUUCUAAUUUUUUAAUUUUUUUUUAAAGCAUGUCUUAAUAACAGUAGGUUCUUGUUAACAUGGUGUUUUAGCUAUUUUACUAAAUAUUUUUAACUCACAUUUUAACAUGUUUAUAAAACAUAACAUUUUAGAAUUCAAUACCUCAUUAAAUAGAAUAAACUUAGUAAGGUAGUUUUAAAAAAAGACAACUAGAUAAUUCCUAUAAGUAUUUUUAUGAUUUUUAGAAUUUAUUUCAUUGCUCUGUCAUAUACUUGUAUAACUAUUUAUUUAAUUGAUUUCUCACUACAAUUUAAUGAAAUAUUUAUAUAUGUUCAUUAAAACUGUGACCUUGUACAUUCACUAAAAUUUCUAUUCUUGAAUUGUUGAGAAUGGAUUAAAUAAAAAUUGAAAAUUUAUCAAAUAUUAAAAGUAGAAGGUCACAGUUGUUGUUCAGGCAGCUCACUUGCUCUGUUUCAUGUUUUGCUUGAAUAGAAAGUAGAUAUCGUUUGCGAGUAUCGCAUGAUGUGUUAAGUGUCCUAAUGAAAACAAUGGUUGUCCUAAUGAAAACAAUGGUCGUAAGAAAUUUCAAACAUUUUAAAAUACAUUGUACAUAACUACCUAAUAGGAUAUAAUAUCACAUUUAAUUUUUCAUGAUUUGAAGACCACACUAAAAAAUCAUCUUCCAACCAUUUACAAUAGUUGUAUCCAUCAAAUGCUCCUAAAGAGUCAAAUUGUAGAAUUUUAAAGUUGGGAUCAUCUUUAUUUUUAAGAUUUAUGCUAGAUGGAUAUCCUGAAAUGACCAAAAUAUCUAAUAAAAAUAGAUCUUUUCAGCAUUUGAAAUUUAUUUCUAUGUGUUGAUUCAAUGGAAGCUUAAUUUAACUGUUGAAAUAAAAAGCUUUUUUGUUUUGUUCAAAAACGGCAUUUUAUGCUCAUCUUUGCCUUCUGUUUUUUUUUAAAUUUGAAAUGAUUAUGUGAUAAUGUUUAUAGAUAUAGAUCUUUUAAGUUUAAUUGUGUCUUUGAAAACAAGUUUCUGAAUGGUUUUUAUCCCCCCUUUUUUUUUUCAAAUCUUUUUUUUUAAAUAUUUCUGAAAAAACAAAUCCAUUUCACAUAAAUAUUAAGAAUUCCCAAAACUACUAUAAAUUUAACAGACCUUGCUACUCUGGCUGUUUUUGCUCACCUAGGUGCAAAUCUUUUUGAAAUAUAGUUUUCUUUAACCAAAGAAACUUCAACUAAAAUGUCUUAAUUGAGGAUUGGGAUCUAAGAUUUUAUAUUAAUCACUCCAUAUAUAUAUAUAUCAGAGAUUUGAUUUUUUUCUUAUGUGUUUAUUCAUGUGUCUAUAUUGCGAAUGCAUUUUUGUUGUUUGUAAUGAUCCAUGGUGAUAGCUACCUUGAGUAUUAUUUUUUCUUCUAACAAACUUCUUAGGCAAGAAAGAAAAUCCUUGUCAACUUCUCAAGGUGCAACAUAAAGACUGUAUUUUAGAUUUAGCAAAAAAAUAUGCAUUUUGAUAAAGAAUAAUGAUCUAAAUUAAUUAAACUUUACAAAAGAAUAACUAACAUUUUGAGAAUUUAACAUUUAAAAAAAUAUUAUUUUAUUUGAAAUGUACGAUUUUAAUAUAAAUAGUUUUAUAACAGUUCAUUCUAGUUUAGAAAACAAUCCAGGAUAAGAUUUUAAACAAGCUGCUUAUAUUUCAUUGGCUUUUAUGUAUGAAUAAGUUAAGCUGUUCUUAAUUUAAUUUCUUUCAUAAACGUAAUGCUUUUAAUUUUCCUUCAGGGUUCUUGAAGAAUAAAACAAAAAGAAAAGAAAAGGUCAAGAAAAAGGGUAAAAAAGACAAAGAUGAGAAAGACAAUGAAUCAGUGUAAGUUUUGUUGUCUACAAGAGCAUAGAAGUAAAGAAUAUAUUUUGCAUAGGAUGAAUGAUACUUGUUUUUACCAACCAUUGCAUUGGAGCUAUAGACUUGGUGCUUAUGGUGCCCAACAAAUUUUGAUCUAGAAAAAUGUAAUUAACUUUGGGGUACUAGUUGUAAGGGGCCCUAUAUCAUGUAAAUUAAUUUGUAUCUUCUCUAGAUGCAUAAAUAAAAUCAGAAUUUUUGUGUUUCUGAAACACACUCUGUAUCAUUUAAAUGUGUGCACCAAAUUGUAUUUUUACAAGCCACAUACUGUAUAUACUCGUGUAUAAGUCAAGAACUUUAGUCAUAAUUUUCAUUUUAAAACUCAGAGUUGACUUAUCCAUGGGUCAGUGCUAGUUUAGAUAGAAUUGUGUACUUGUAAUGCAGGAGGAUGUUGAGUUACUGGUAGGGCUAGUUUAGUUAGCAGUUGCUGCAGGUUGACCCAGAUACCGGGUUCACCCACACAGACAAAACAGCUGUUGAUGCUUGAAUGAAAUCUGAUACCAAGCCACAUGCCUCAUCACUGACUGCUGAGUCCACUCUCAUACCACCAACCACAAGAGAGUGUAGGCCUAAUGACAGAUGUUAUAGUUUAGUAUACAGUGCAGUGAUUGCUGCUAGGUAAAAUAUGACAAAAUGUUUUAAAAUUACAGUAUUUCAUAGCCCCAAGUUUUACCCUUGAUUUAUCCAUGAGUCACAGCAUAUUUCAUAAUUGUUGGUAAAAAGACUUAUAGAUGAAUAUAUAUAGUCAUUAAAUAUUUCCUUUAGUUUUUGCAUAAUUUUUUUAUUCUUAUAACUAAGUCUCCAGGACAGAAUAAUCAUUGUGGUGGGUUUUACAUUGAUAAAAUAUUAUUCAGCCAUACAUGCUAUGCUUUUAUUAAAGACAGCAUUAAAAUAUGAGGGUCCUUACAUUCUGAAUCUGUCACAUUGAUCCAGCCGUGUUCAAACACUAUCUUAUGUGUCACCAAAAAUAAUAAUUUAAAUUCUGAGACAUGGUGAUUGCAACACAGCAUCUAAGAUAAAAAAUCUAGCCUGUUCUUGUGUGGAGCAGCAUUCGGACAAAUUAAGAUAAUUUUCACUAUAUGGUUAAAGAUAAGAUAAGUUUAGUUCCUAUGCUUUGUAGGUAAAAUUCUAAGUAACAAAUUUAUGUGAUAUUUUAUUCUACAUAUCCCAAUCAUGCCACUCACUUGUAUAAUUUACAAACAUACCAACAGCUGCUUAUCUAAUGUUAUUUUGUUUGAUCUUAUAAAAAUCAUUUUAUCCUGACUCCAUGUGCAAAUCUGGUUAACUAAAUUGCUCUUAUAUUGACUUAAACAUUUCAGUGAAGCAGAAAAUCAAGAUCCAGUAAGUUUCAAUGUUUUUUCAUAAAACAUUUAACAAGAACAUGUUUGAUGGAUAUUUUAGAACGUCUAUGCGCAUUGUGUGGUUUAGAUAUAGAGAGCUAGCUGUAAACGAAAUAGUAUUUAAAAUUACUUCAAAAGCAUUAUUUUAUCUUAACAAAAAGUAUGAACCAUUUAUUCCUAAGUUUUUUUUCCUAAAUGAUUUCAGAAUAUUGAAGUUGAUGAGGAAGGUUACAGGAUACGACCAGAACACCCAAUGGAUCGUAUCCUUUUUGUGUGGCUGUUAGUUUAAGUUAACCAGCAAGAGCAUAAAUGAUGUUAGCUCAUUUAAUCAAUUUUUUUGUGUCCUUUUCAAUUGAAGAUAGCCUAAAAUGCUGAUAUAUUUGAAUGCAUUUUCCCAAAUGCUUAUGGUUAAUUAAUUUUUUAAAUGACAUAUUUUGUAAGUCUUUCAUCAUAUUUUUGGUAGCAAUACAUAUUGCUGAAUUUGUGUGAUAAAAGUCAGUUUCUGAGUUGUGAAGUCAUUGAUGCAUCAUCUAUUGGUAAAUGGCCAUGUCUCCGAGUUUCAUUGUAUUGCUGACCACUGAACCAGCAAAGAUUCUCAUAGUACCAUAAAUUUUACACCUUUUCCUUACAACAUAAAAAAGAUAAUGGGGAUAAAAACAGCUGGUAUUCAAGUGAUAGUGAUUCCGACUCAGGUUAGUGAUACACAUGAUCUUUAUUUUAUAGUUGUACAUUUUAUCUAAUCAACAACUGCAUUUUUAAAAUUUUGAUAAGUAAAAUUGUAUAUUGUUAGGAUAAGGAGAAGGUUAUGGCUUUACCAGGGGGAACUUUAGAGGAAUCUAACUGUGAGCAGAUACUUCUUAUUAAAAUGUUAUCUUUGUGUCAUUGUGAAAAUCUGCUUUUUCUUUCAUUUCUUAGAUGGUGAAGAGAGCAGAAGAAAAAUCAAAGUAGAAAUCAGGCCUUUAAGCCCCACUUGUGCCCCAUCCAGCACUAUUGAAGACAUCAGGGCAUCUGUAGAAGGUUUAAGAUUAUCACCCUCUGCAAUGGUAAGUAUCCAAACAAACUUAUUUUAAAUUUGAGCAUUUCCUAAAAAAAUGAAUUUUUACAACAACUUCAGUUCUUAUUUGAUGCAUUUUCUAAAUGUUUAAAAAUAGCCCCAAAGUAAAAAAAAAAUUAUAUUUUUGUCAAGGAGUAAGCUUAUUACAUUUAUCUUUCUAGAGAUUUGAGUUAAUAUGAACACAAUUGUACUAAGAUCUUUUUACAAAAAAAAAACCCACUACACUUUUUGUUGUUCGGAUUUGCAGAGGAAGAGGAGUCAAACUCCUGUGGACAAAAAAAUGAAAAGAUCACAGUCAGAUUCAGACACUCUAGAGUAAGUGAUACUGCUGUUUUUAUUUACUUUUGUAAUUGCACUACUUAUCUCUUCAUCAGAUGUAGCUCCUCUCAUGUUUUUGAUGUUUUCCUAACUACACACUGCUUUGUGAGCAAACUUUUUAUCUUCAGCAGUAAAUAGCUACUGCAGGAUUUAAUAGUUUAUUUUUAAAAAAAAAAGAGAUAUUGUUUUAAUUUUGAUCAAAUUUCUGGGUUUGUUUUAAAUUGCAGUAAACCAAGCAGCCAAGACCUUUUAAAUCUCGACUUCUUUGGCUCCAGCUCUGCAGCAUCCACCCCUACUGGUGUCAAUUACAAUGUGACCCUUCCUUCACCCCUCUCCCCCCAGACUGAGAUCAACUGGAACAGCACCAACAGCAGUGCAGCUACAACACCUUCCUCAAGUAUGUAGAAAUGGUUACAAUAUAUAUUUAUUUUUAAAUAAUUUUGUUUCGAUUGUUACACUUGUGCUCCUCCUCCCCGAUCCCCAACUUGAUUUUUUAAAUUAUGCUUUUAAUUCUGUUCCAGUUGUUUCCUGAAUAAAUAACCGUGGAAUUAAUAUUGUUAAAAAUAUUAUUUGAGUGGUUUGAAUGUGAAUGGAAGGGAUGGGCCUAGUUUAUAAGUAGAUGGAGAGAAUUUCUUUCAUACUGAAAGAAUGUUUCAUAUGAACAUUUUUAGAGAACCCAUUCUUCAGAACUGGAAAUUUGCUUAUAUCCUAUUUUUUGUAACUUUCAUUAGAAUGUAGUACCUGAAUGAAUUGUCAGUCUGUUGCUUAUGCGACUUUAUUUAUGAUUUAAUUGGAGAUUGCAAAGUUGCACCUGGUAUUGUAAUAUUAUUAAAAUAUUAUGCUAAUAAUCAGAAUUACCUUGGAGGCACUUAUAGUGUUACCAACAUUUUAAUUACAGUAUACUCAAUGUAAACCAAUUAAAAAUUGCCCACCUAAAAUAAAUAAAAAUAUCUGUGCAUGAGGUUUUGAUAAACAGCAUGGUAUUAUCCUCACUAAAAUGUUGAACAUUAAUUAACAAAAAAAUUAACAAUUUAAAAAAUGAUAUAAAACCUUACUUUCAGGAUUCCAGCUUCUAGCAGCUAAGAAAUUAACUAAAAGCAAGUAAUCAGAGUUUAAUAUGCAUUACUAACACAGUCAUUCUAAAAUACAUUCUUAAUGCAUUGUUUUAAGUUAUUUUUUUUUACCCACUUUGCCUCUUUAAAAAUACAUCUUUAUUUAAUGCAUUUCACCCAAUAUAUUUGUACUUUUCUCAUCACAUAUUUAUGUGUUUUUGUAUUAAUACUGAAUAAAGGUUAUACUCAAUCAUGCUUCCCAUUGUGAACACCAGUUUAGAGUUUUAAUUAGAAACAGUAUUUAAUAAGUUUAUAUGAAGCAAUAAUAUGAGUCUCUUUUUUAUUCUGACACAUCAAAACCCCUCAAAAGGCAUUAUAUUGUGUUAAUGGCAACAUUUUCAGACAGCUUAUUAGAUCAAAUUUUCAGACCCCCCACCCAAAAAUCAGUUUUUUCUGUUUUUCAAGUGGAAGAUGAAGGAAAUAUGAUGACACUGAUUACACGAAAUAAAAUUACUGAUAAUUGCGCAAAAUAAUAUUCUUUUUUUAAAAAGUGCAUAAUAUUUUCUUUCGUUUUUCUUAAAUGGUGAAAUAAAUCUGGGGUGUAAAAGGAGGUGUGUCAUUAAUAUAGUAGUUCAGGGGUGUAAAAACAAGGAGCUAUUGUUAGGGGCCAGGAUUAAUUUGAAUGCACGUCCAAUUUUUUAUGUCAAAUUUUCAGCCCCACCCACCAUUACUCGACAUUACAGGCCUGUUUACUCUUAAGAUUUUGGCGUACAGUGUACAAUUUUGAGAUGUCUUUUAUUAUUGUACGCAAAGACCUGUCGCAACUGCAAUUUUAAGAAACCAGGUUGAAAACAUAUACACUCUGAUAGUUUUUCUGAUUAAAAAAUAUUAAAUAAAAAGUACAUUUUUGGUUGUUAAACCUGCUUGCCGGUUGUCAUAUUUAUUUAAUUAAGAAUAAGCUUCUAAACUUUUUAUAAUUAGGAGUUAGGGUAAUUAAUUUCAAUGUCAUAUUUAUUUAGUUAAGAAUAAGCACACUGUGAAAGAGUGCCUAGGGGAAAAAGUGAUGAAGUUAUUUCCAUUGCAGUGAGAUUUCAUAAAGAUAAAUUUAUUAUGGUUUGUAAUUUGACACCUAACGAGUGGUCAUACUUUUCACUCCGAACAUUUGUUUUAAUCUCUCAAUACAAAAAAGUCAAUACUAAUAUCCUGUUGUGGUCAGAUCCUUGAUGUCAAGUCUCCUUCAUUAAUCCUUCCUGGGUGACAUACAUUGAUGCACAAAUGUAUAUGCACAAUUAUAACAUUACUUUGGUGUUUGCACAGUAAUCAUCAUUGUAUCAUUACUAAUCCUGUCAUGAUAUUUAAGAUUACAGUUUACAGGACAUGCGGUAAAUAAAAAAAUACCUCUUUUUAAAAAUGUGUAAUUCAGAAUUCAUGGCUAAUAAUGAAGGAAUUUUUUUUUUAAAUUUAUUUCGUGUUUCUUAUGGUGAAUGUUAACACAUAACUACUAUUUUAAUUUGGGAAUAAUGAUGAUUUCUCAAAAGACUGAAUUAUUUAUGAAAAGAAAAAUUAUAUUUUAAAACAUUCAAUCUACUUGUUUGCACAAGACGCAAAAUACAAAUUUUUAAAAUAUUAAAAUGUUUGAUACUGAGUUUGUCUCCCCUAACAUUCUCAAACAAUAUUUUUGUGAUGACUUUGCAGAUUUUGCAGACUUCACAAACCAUAGUAAUGGAAAACCCGCACUACCGAGUAUACCAGGUCCACUAACUCCUACUUCACCAUUGAGUGGCCUCCCCCCUCCAGUUGCUAGACCUCCUUCUAGGACAAGAGGCCUUAUAUCCCAGGUAGUGGGGUCCUAAGGAUGGAUUUUUGUUACUUAUUUAAUCAAAAUAGUGUUUAAUUUGUAUUGCACAUUAAAAUUCAAUAAGUGUUUUUUUUUUCCUUAUUUAGUGUAAAUAUACUAAUAUGAGAGGUGAUGCUUUAGAACUAGUUUUUACACAAAAAUAUCAAUGAAAUAUAUUAGCAGUCUAUUACAUUUUCAACAGUACCAUUUACCAUCAAAAGAAAAAAGUGAUACAAACUUAUUUAAAAAUUUGUAACUAUAAUCGAUGGCGAUCGACUUACUAUAAAUUUAAAAAAGCCUCUUCGAAUAAAUUUAUAUCACUGAUCAUUUAUUAUUUGUUCCAAUUUUAUCUAUAUGGAUGAAAUAAAUUUUUUAUUGGAUGCCAGCAUUAAACAAAAAACUUGUUUUAAAAAAAUUGAUGCAUUGUUUCGAUGUCAAUUUUUUAUUGGAUGUCAGCAUUAAACAAAAAACUUGUUUUAAAAAAAUUGAUGCAUUGUUUCGAUGUCAAUUUUUUCUCAAUAAUAGCCUCUUCCUUUCUUUCAGACUAAAAUGAAUGGACCAAAUCCAAUGAGUAGAUCAGACAGUAAUGGAAGUAUGACCUUCAACACCACUUCAAUGCCUAUAGGGUCGUCCCGGGGUCCCAGUCCCCUCACCAUUGGCAUGUCAGACUCUGUCCCACUGGCCAUUGCAUUUACUGAGACAGUGAAUGCUUUUUUUAAAGGCCAUGAUGCCAGCAGGUAAGUUCUUGUAAAAACAUUAAUUAUGCCAUUGUUUCAAGUGAUCCUUAUGCUGGAUGUGGUUAUAAAAUCUGACAUUUAAAGACACUGAUUAUGUGUGUAAACAUGUGGUUUAUAAAAAAACACAUAAUUUUUUAGUUUAAAAUACAAAUGAAAAUUGUGUAACGGGCCCAAACACUCAUUUGAAAAAACUGUUUACAAUUACUGAUACAUUUACGAUGUACUAAAUUUUUUUAGUUUUUUUUUUUUUACUAAGACAUGAAAUGUAAAUAAUAAAGAACUGGCUUUUUUUGUGUGACUUGAUUACAAAUUAUACCCUUGAGAUUAUUUAUAAUAUUGAAUACAUAAAUUAAACUUUUGAAAGCCUGCCAUAUAUUUAUAUUCAAGAGCUAAGGUGAUGAUAUAGUGUUAGUUAUAAAAAAAAUGUACUUUGAUAAUUUAUUAAUUAACGUGCAAAUUGUCUUUAUAUUUUUAUUUGCUCAUAGUUUUAAUUAUUAAAAAAAAACAGGUGUGUUGUGCGCACAAUUGGAAAUGUAAUGAUGUCAUUUCCUGCGGGUGUUGUUAGAGUGUUCACAGAAAAUCCAUCCCCAGCCCUGCUUUCAUUUCGCAUAAAGAAUGCAGACAAGUGGGAACAAGUCAUCACCAACUCUGCCAUUCUAUCCAAGUAAGUCCACCCUUAAUUGAUCUUAGUCCUAAACUGUGUUCAUUGAAACAUUGUUUUGUGUAUAUAGUGUAUAUAUUAUUGUCAGUUUAUGAGUAGGAUUAAAUAGGUGACAACUUUUCCUCAGUGUUGUUCAGUAAUAACUGGAUUUAAGGAUUGUUUGCUUUGCUAGUCUAUUUUUGAUGUAUAUAGAAUGCUUUUAUGCUUUUAGUGGCUGAUUCAAAAAUGAGUUUAUGGCAAGAUCGAUGAACAUCUUCCAUUAUAAAUGAAUUUCCAUCAAGUAACUUUUUACAUUCUAUUUUUUUAAUGAGUUGAAUGAUUUAAAAACAACAAUGACCACAUUAUCUCUCUCCUCCAGGGAUGAAUCCCAGAGUACAGCAGAUGUCCAUACUUAUGAGUUUAACAUGUCUAACUUAGUUGACCAUCUCAGGCAGCAAGGUGAACAAAAUAAAGCAGCUUCAUAUUUCAACAUAGACAUCCUUAAAUACCAGGUUAGUCAAGGCUUGUCUUAACUUUGUCUGACAAUAAUUUUCUCUGCUUUAUUUGCAGUAAUGAUGCACAUUAUCAUUUCAAAAAGCCUGUUUUAUCAGAACUGUUCAGUUUCUCAGACAUUGUUCUAUUUUUCUAUUUGUUUCAGGUAGCAAGAAAUUGCCUAGAAUUUUUUAAAACAAAUUUCCUGGUUUUCAAAAAAUAGCAAUUACGUCCUUUUAAUACAUAAUCCAAUAUUUAAUUCCAGGUAAAAGCCUUACCUGGUGUAGAAAGCACCCCUCUACCUCUAGUAGUGUACUGGAAAUGUGACGAUGCAUCAACAGACUUUCGCCUCGACUACAGAUAUAACCCCUCAGCAAUGUCUUCGGCUGUCACAUUGAAAAAUGUCAACGUCGCCGUGCCAGUUGAUGGAGAUGUCCUUAAGAUGCAAAGUAUUCCAACGGGCAACUGGUUGGUUGAUUUAAUUUGUUCAGUGACUCUAAAAUGUUAAUUCAAACCUGUUAUUUUUUUAAAAUUAUAAAAUGCAUGCUGUUUAAAAUUAAGGUUCUGUUCAUUCAGCCUUACAAAUAUUCUUCUCUUACCAUCUCAGCUUAUUUGCAUGCACAAAUUUUCAAAUCUUUAAAUUAAAAAAAAAUCAAUGAAAUACAACUUUUAAAAAAACUUAUUGAAAAAAGGUUCCAUUAAAUAUAUAAAACAAUUAUUGUAUUAAUGUAUCUAUAUGAGAACAAGUAAUCACCCACUUAAACAAGUUUUAAAUAUCUGUUAUUCUCAUGUUUGCAUUAGUUUCCCAUUGCUUUAUUUUUUUGAACCCCUGACCCUGAAUGUUGUACCUAUGUAGGGAUGCAACUGCCAAACGAGCCACUUGGAAACUCAAUGAUAUUUCUGAGGUUAGUGAGCAGGAGUCGCAAGGCUGCAUCCGGGCCAAAUUUGAAUUGAGUAAAGGUCCCACGAAACCAGUGACAACUGCCAUGCAGUUUGCUGCAGAGGGAGCCACAUUAUCGGGUGCAGAAUUUGAGCUGUCUGGUACUGGUUACAGAAUAUCUUUGAUGAAGAAAAGAUUUUGCACUGGUAUGUAGGCAAAUUUUUAAAUCAUAAGUGUUUUUUUAUUUUUUGAGGAUUGAAUUAUAUCAUUUGUCUUACACCAUGUUAUGAAAUACAAAUCUCCAAUAUUUUUAAUUGUGAAGUAAAAUUUAUGAUAUAAUGUAAUGUAUAAAAAAACAUUAAUAUACAUUUUAACUUUCAAAACCACAGUUAAUUCAAUCCCCUGCCAGCAUUUGCUCACUGUGAAAUUAGAAUUGACUAGGACCAAUUUAUGGAUGAUUAAUUUUUUUUAAAGAGUGACACUCUAAAAUAAAUUUAAAUUUUCAAAAGCAGUUUAUUGAAGCUCUGCUAUGUUAAAAGUCUCAAAAAAUUUAUUUUCUCAAUUUUUCACUAAUACAAUUAGGCAAGUACUUUGUGGAUCCAGAGCCAAGUGUCAGCUAUGUAUGAUGGCGCAUCCCACUGCUUCAGUAGUCGUCAGGUGCAUGGGGUUAUCUGUCUUGUACAUAUGUUAAAUCAAAAAAAUCAAUUUACCAUGCAGCAAAAUGAAAGGGAUGGUAUUUUAAUUUUAAAAAAUCUGUACUUUGUAUGAGAAUAGUCAGUUGAGAGAUUUAUUUAAAAUGUACUUUUAUAUUAUAAAUAAUUUAUUAUGUGUAACUUUACAAAGCAGUCUAAAAAUUUCAUGUUUUUUUCCAGAAUUUUUUUCAGGCUUCCUUUAAAUGGCAGCAAUGAACUACUUUAAAAAAAAAAGAAUACAAUUGAAAUAUUUUAAUAAGUUGAUUUUCUUUGGCUGAAAUCUCUGAGCCCUCAUUUGUUUUAAAAAGAGUAAAGUGACUUGCUUUCAGCCCUGUCAAUGUAAGCAUGCUAAAACUAAGCCAAUUUUUAUUUUUGAGAGAACAGGCCAGUCAUAGAAUAAAAUACUGUAUGUAUCGAUUACAGUACUGUACCAAGAAGUCAGUGCAUAUCAACUAAUUAUAUAUGUAAACAGGUGCAUGUUAAAUAACUUAGUUUAGAAAUGCCAGGGAUAAGCCCUGAAAAAUUAAUACCGGGUAUAUUGUAUUUUAUCAAAAUAGUCAAUUUAAAUCUUUUCUUAACUUUUGAAUUUUUUUUUAAUGGUUUGGUCACUUUAAGUUUAUGGCUUCAUUUAUAUAAGGAUAAACUAAGUAGUAAUGUGUUAGCAGCCUCUUGUUCUUUGUGUUCUAAUCUUCUGAGGGAUUAUGGGUGCCUGACCAGAUAUUAUCCACCUAAAUAUUGUCCACGCUACAUUCUCACCCAAGCCUUGAAAAACCACCCCAUUCCCUGCUUCACGCAGAAUUGGGCUCAAAACUUAUCUCUGGCCAUAAUUCCUAAAUGGGUUUAGGUGAUGCAUUACUUAAUGAUCUUAACUGCUAAAAGGGUAUUUAUUUUUUUAGCAGAGCUUUCAUAGCUGUUAGAUUAAUACAUUUAAGUGAUGAUUAUGAAAUAAGAUAAUUGAAGAGACAGUGUUGGAAGCAAAUGUAUAUAUGUAGGUAAGUUUAAAAAGUUGAAUGCAUGAAUCUGUAUCAAUAUCAGCUUUUAACUAAUGUGGCAUUUUUCGAUCGGCAAAUUAUAUUAUCUGUAAAAAAAAAUGAUGUUCAGCAAAGUUAUUACAUGGUGGUCAGAAUACAAUGUGAGUUGUCAGGGCUGUGAGUCAGUAAAAUUCUCACUGUUCAUAUGUCUUCAAGUUUUACAAAUCCAGCAAGGACAGUCUGACUCCACAGCCCUGAUUGUUAUAUUACUGACUGCAAUAAUAGAAUACCAUUUUAUGUCUUUUUUUUCCUUUUUUUUUUAUAAAUGAGGAAGAACAGAAUUAAUAUGUUUGGUAUAUUUCUCCUGUUUAUUUGGAGCUAGAAAAAAAAAAACAAGCUAAGCUUUCUUGAACUGUAUUUUUAAGGUAGAAUCCAUAGUUUGAUGUAAGAUACUCAAUUAAAUUUAAAUGUCUAUUGCAUAUUUGAAGCCUCCAUAUCUGUUGAUGCGAAUCUAUUUUUAUUCAGUCUCCUAUUUUAACACCCUUCUUAUUAUUGGUGUAUUAUAUUGUACAGAUGUGUUAUUUUUAAACGAUGAACAUUGUGUUGAUUUAUUUGUUUCUGAAAGAUUCAUAUCAUAUAUAUAUAUAUUAUAUUAUACUCCUUGGCCAUUCCUUCUAUGUUUUUUUCUAGCUGCUAACAUUUGUUGGUCAUUAUCACUAUGCAGUACCUCCAUGUUUAUAAACUGUUAAUGAGAUUACUCAUGCAUUCUUUACAUCAUUACUCUGAAGCCAGGGCUGUUUAACAUUGUUUUGUAACAAUUGAGGACUUUGAUAGUCUGAAGCCUAAUGUAUAAGUUUCCUCAACAAAAAAAUAAUUAUUUUUUAAGAUUUUAAAAUGCAUAAAUUAAAAAAACUACAUUUGUUUAAAUAAAGAGCAUGAACUCGCCUGAAAUCUAACCAUGGAUGCUAUGGGAUGAGAUAAAGACCACAUGUUAAAAAAAAACUGUUUGAAGGGCUCAUAGUUAAUCAGCUGGCUGAACUUGAUGUUAAAAUGAGUACAUUUUUUGUUUUGAGUUAAAAGGUGCCACCUUUACUAUAUUUACUUAGUACCAUGGGCAGCGUUCUGCUCUCAUGAUAAGACAUGUCUCCUGUUUAUCUCUGUAUACAUUUUCAAUGUCUAAUAAUCUCUGGGUGAUCUUGAUUGUGUUAUUUCAAUGAAAUCCAGUAAUGUCUGUAGUGCCUCUAUGUAUAAUCAUCUUAAGUAGUACUGCACUCAUGUACAAUCGUCAUUGGUACCUGGCGCAUACAGAUGACUCUAAAUUUAUGUUAGGUACUUUUCAUACAAUUUUAAUGCUAUCUGGCAUUUUUAGAACUUCAACUGUUACUAAUCAAUAGCGUAAGUCAUUAUUGCCAUACCAGUCUCUGCUACCUUUACUUUGAAAAUAUAACAUAAAAAAGGGAAAUGUAAAACACCAAACAACCCAAGUGCUUGCAGUAGCUACGGUAACGUGACUCCUCUAUUUAAUGACUCUGAACUUGUCAUAUGUCAUCCAAAGUGUGUCAAUGGAUGCAGCUUGGAUUUCAUAGUAUUAAUGUACAAUCAUUUGUGAGUACAGAAAUCACCAUGGACCAUGAGAGCUGUGUUCAAUUCCUUGCCCCUAGUGUCUGUAUCUGUAAGAAGCUGAUGUACCCUAUUAACUUCAGUAUUGACUUACUAUUUAAUCAGUAUCAUCACAUUCCUAUUUCCCACUUUGUUUUUUUUCUUGUGUUCUUCAGUUCAUUUAGAACUGAUUGGGCUUAUGGUGUCCAUACAAAGUAUCCAUCUGGAUUUAAUCUCUAAUAAUUCAUUUAGAUAUAUUUAGCCCUUAGUACCCACAAAGCUAUGCUGCUAAAAACUAAUUUGAUUUUUAUAUGUCUUGAAAGAGCCAAGUCCUAUUUCCAUGGCAUUGUUAUUACAUUUUUAUGUCCAAUCACUGAGGCACAAUUACAAUUUAAAACACGUUUACUCAAACACAUUAAUUCAAUAUAUUCUAUUCAUCUCAUUAAAUGAAACAAUACAUGCAUCAUACCUUAUAACCUCUUCCUACUUUAAAUUUACCUUUGAAUCAAUCUUUUGUUGUUUCAGUUUAUUAAUUCUUAUUAAUAUUUACCUAUUAUCAGUUGUUAUAUAAACUCUGUAAAAGGACAUAUUUUACCUGGACUGUUUCGGCAGUGGUUGUUGUACUUACUCAUGUAAUCAGUGUAUAACAAAACAUGUUUUACAGUAACAAGAAGGAAAUGGCUUUGUUGGACAAUUUUGGUAAACACGUUCUAUACACUGAUACAAUGGUGUACUACAGGGCUCAUCUCCAGUGAUUGAGUCUCAUUCUUGAUGCUAAAAUGUCAAUUUAUAAAUAACAAAGGUAUUAUCAUUUUUAAACGCCCCCCCCCCCCCCUUCCCCCCUUUCUAAAAACAUUCCACUGUCACAGUGAUUGAAACUUUGAAACUCUUCAUAUUGUCAGCUGGUGCCAGUAGCAUGAUGGCAAGUGACACAACCAUUAGAAAAUGACACCAUACAUCAAGUUGAGCUUCACCUAGAAAGCAUUUAGAGUUCAGCCAGAUUUUAAAAAAAAAAUUGAUGCUUUAGGUCUCUUGUUGUCUUUAAAAUAAUUAAACUGACAAAAUUACUACUAAAUAUAAUGCAUAUCUAGCCUUUUCUUAAAACAAAUCAAAGAAAAAGCAAUUUAUAAAAUAAACUUUAACAAAAAUAAAAAUGUUUAAUAUAAUUUCAUAUUAUAACAAAGAGUGGGGAUUUUAUUGUGUAAUGAUAGCCAAAGUCUGUUCAAUUAACUGCAACUAUAUACCCUUAUAUAGAUAGUGGUCAAUAUAUAAAGUGGGUUUAUGUAACUAUUUUGUAUUACACCAAUACUGUGUAUCGGGCAUGAUGUCAUGUUCACACAGCCUUUUUUUGUUGUUGCAUUUUUAACAAUAUAGUGCAUUUUUAUUUUACUCUUUGUAGAAAUGCAUGUUUCAAUACCAACACUGUAUUUUGAUGGUCUGGUUGAAUAGGGAGACUGGGCAUUCAGUCAGUAAACCUGGCAUUAAAUUAUUAGUGUUAGACGUUUGUGAAUAAGCGAAUCUUGUCUUGAUUUUGUAAAAGAUUAAAAAUGUGUGGGUUCGUCCCGGUGUGUAGAGACAUGAAUUGGAUAAUGUGUAUAUAACUCCAAAUUUUGGCUAGGUUGCAUGUAAAUGAAGGAACAAUUAAUUCUUGCUCUUGUAAUCUUAUUGUUGCAAAUGAUAGAUUUACAUAUCUUGUUCAUCUGGAUGGAAUUUUGUCUUUAAAGAUAUGUUGUACAGUCUAUACUUGGUUGAAAUUCUUCACUAUUGAGACUUGUUGUUUAAACUAUUUAAAAAAUGGUGGAGAUGUUAAUGAAAAUUACCUCCAAUGUCUUGUGUUGAGUCAGCCAUUUUGAUAAUCCAAUGAUAAGAAUUGGUGCCAAAGAAAAUGUUAAGUCUAAAAAAUAUUUGCAUGAGUAUAACUAGUUGUAGAUUCAUAUCUUGUUAAAUAGGAACACUUCAUGUCCUGUAGAUUUGAUGGCUAAAAUGUUUUUCCCAAUAUGUAUGUAUUCUUGAAAGAAUAUGACCAAUUUUAAACCUCUUUUUUUAUGUAUGAUGUAUUGAUGAAACGAAACAUGAACUUAACUCUCGUGAGAAAGAUAACUUUUUUAUUUAAAAAAAUCUCAUCUUUAAUUUGGUGUAAUUUGAAGAAAGAUUUCUUUAAAAAUUUUGUGAAUGAAUCUUUAAUAUAUAUUAUUAUAUUAUUGUGCAUGCUAUUAAUUUCAAAUGAACUUGUCACCAUAAAGUGCAAUACAUAUGUCCUAAAUAAAAUUUUUAUUUACUUAUUGUAUUAUUGGACCAUUUUAGUAGUUGUAGAUAUAUCUUAUGUUGAGAACUCACUUUUUAGCUUAUUUGUUUUCCAACAUAGAUUUUCAUUUUCUGGAAUCAGACAUGUACUAUCUGAUCUUAUGAAAAAGAAAUUUGGCAUUAAGGUAUGCAAAUAAUUUAAGUUACAUUUCUACAUUUUAGCAAAGAUUUAAAAAAAUAGCUUUUGAAAUUUCUUUAUUUAAAAAAAAAUAAUAAGUUUUGGCAAAGUAAAUUUUAAAUGCAAAAAUGGACAAUUAAAUUAGAACCAAUUUUGUGUGGACCAGAAACAAGCGGAUAAAAAAAACAACAGAGAUAACUAUCAGGAAUUUGUCUAAAUACUUUUUUUUACCAUCAAUAGAACAAUUGCCAUGCUAUUUGCAGACAUACUUCAAAGAUUUUAAAGUAAUACAAGCUUAGAUUUAAAUACUUUCCUUUCAUCUUUAAUUACCAGAAUUUCUCUCUCCAUUGAUGUAAAAAAAAAUACCCUGAGAACAUUGUAUCAUUGUACUUAAUUGAAGUAUUUUGGCUGGGUUGGGG